AUGACGAGUCUACAAUACAAAGUUUGUUCCCAAUUAGCAUUAUUACAACCAAAUGGACGGUGUUUUUCUCAUCCAUAUUUUAAAACAACAACAAAUAAUAACAACAACAAUAAUUCCUCAUUCUUUUCUGUUCCAAGUUUAUUUAAUUCUUUCCAUCAAAUUCCAAUUAUUGACACAAAUGAACCUUUUUAUUCAUCUUUAGCACAAAAAGCAUUAGGUGCUUUUUUACUUAUUUUACAUUUGGAUGGAGAUAUUUUUUAUGUAACAGAAAGUAUAGAAAUUUAUUUAGGGUUUCAACAGUCAGAUAUUUUGCAUCAAUCACUUUUUGAAAUGAUUCAUUCAGAAGAUCGAGAAGAACUUCGGUCUUUACUCCAACGAUUACAGCAAUUAUCAUCUGAAGAAAAUAAUGAAAAUUUGGCUACACAAUGGGAUAUUCCAAUUGUUUUGCGUUUUAGAUGUUUAUUGGAUAAUACUUGUGGAUUUGUUCGUGUAGAAUUAAAAACAAAAAUUUUAAAAAUUCAUUCCCAUCAAAACAACGGUCUUUCUUCUUUUAUUUCCCCCCAAUUUCCCCAACAAAAUGGUAGAGGACGGCGACAACAACAACAAACAACUUCGAGAUUAGAGGAAUUAAAUGGAAUUGAGGGAUCAUAUUCUCCUUUAAUUAAUUCAUUUAAACGUUGGGGGUGGGCAUUAAUUGCUAUUUGUAUGUAUGUAUUUAAUUAA